AUGGCCUGUCUGACCGCAGCAUUUACAGUAGGCACUACCCUGAAUGCCACUAACCCUUCAGGAACAAUGUUAGACCCAAAGGCAGUUUGUGUGUCCUUGGAUGAAGUUGUCUCCAACUGCAAUGGCAGCCAGGAGACUCCUCUGCUUAAUGGACACUUAAAAAAAGUAGAUAACCAUCUCACUGAAGCUCAGCGGUUCUCCUCGUUGCCCAGGAGACCAGCCGUCAACAUUGAAUUCAAAGAUCUUUCAUUUUCAAUUCCAGAGGGGCCUUGGUGGAAGAAGAAAGGGUACAAGACUUUGUUGAAGGGAAUCUCUGGAAGGUUCAGCUGUGGGGAACUUGUUGCAAUCAUGGGACCAUCUGGGGCAGGAAAGUCCACCCUUAUGAAUAUCCUAGCAGGAUACAGAGAGACAGGGAUGAAGGGGGAGGUUCACAUUAAUGGACAACCUCGAGACCUACGCUCUUUCCGCAAAGUAUCUUGUUACAUCAUGCAAGACGAUAUGCUGUUACCUCAUCUUACAGUACAGGAGGCCAUGAUGGUCUCUGCUAACUUAAAGCUUCAAGAAAAGGAUGAAGGUCGGAAGGAGAUGGUGAAAGAGAUCCUAACGGCUCUCGGCUUAUUGUCAUGCUCGGACACCCGGACAGGAAGUCUUUCUGGUGGUCAAAGAAAGCGCCUCGCUAUUGCCCUGGAAUUAGUGAAUAACCCCCCAGUCAUGUUCUUUGAUGAACCCACCAGUGGCUUGGAUAGUUCCUCUUGCUUCCAGGUUGUUUCCUUGAUGAAGUCUUUGGCGCAGGGUGGCAGGAAUAUUAUCUGUACCAUCCAUCAGCCAAGUGCCAAACUGUUUGAGUUGUUCGAUCAGCUUUAUGUUCUAAGCCAGGGACAAUGCAUCUAUCGUGGGAAGGUGUCAAAUCUUGUUCCGUACUUAAGAGCUCUGGGAUUAAACUGCCCAACCUACCACAAUCCAGCAGAUUUUAUAAUGGAAGUUGCAUCAGGUGAAUAUGGUGAGCAAAAUCCUCGUCUUGUGAGGGCCGUGCAGGAUAACUUGUGUGAAACAGAGCAACUAAAGAUGGAUCACUGUGCAGAGAAUGAAAUGAGCCCAUUUCUGUGGCACAAGCCAUCAGAUGAGGUAACUAACACAUCUGAAAUCCAGUUCUAUUUUCAGGAUUCUUCUCCUACAGAAGGCUGCCACAGCUUCUCUGCAAGUUGUCUUACACAGUUCUGUAUCCUGUUUAAGAGAACCUGCCUGACUAUCAUGAGGGACUCGGUGCUGACCCACUUGCGGAUCCUCUCUCACAUAGGGAUUGGAAUUCUCAUCGGUUUACUGUACUUGGGGAUUGGAAAUGAGGCUACAAAGGUCUUGAGCAACUCUGGAUUCCUAUUCUUCUCUAUGCUGUUCUUGAUGUUUGCUGCGCUCAUGCCAACCGUACUGACGUUUCCACUUGAAAUGGGAGUGUUCCUGAGGGAACAUUUGAAUUACUGGUACAGUCUGAAGGCGUACUACUUAGCCAAAACAAUGGCUGAUGUUCCUUUUCAGAUCUUGUUUCCUGUUGCAUACUGCAGUAUUGUAUACUGGAUGACCUCACAGCCAACCGAUGCGCUCAGAUUUAUUCUAUUUGCUGCUUUGGGGACACUGACAUCAUUAGUUGCCCAGUCGUUAGGGCUUCUGAUCGGGGCAGCUUCUACGUCCCUGCAGGUGGCAACAUUUGUAGGACCAGUUACAGCUAUUCCCGUACUCCUGUUCUCUGGCUUCUUUGUCAGCUUUGACACUAUUCCAGGGUAUCUUCAGUGGAUGUCAUACAUGUCUUAUGUCAGAUAUGGAUUUGAGGGGGUUAUCCUAUCAAUUUAUGGUCUUGACAGAGAAGAUUUACAUUGUAACAAAGAUGAAACUUGCCACUUCCAGAAGUCCGAAGCUAUUCUAAAGGAACUGGAUGUGGAGAAUGCAAAACUAUAUCUGGAUUUCAUCAUACUUGGCGUAUUCUUUGUUGUUCUGCGGCUGGUUGCCUAUUUUGUUCUCAGAUACAAAAUUAGAGCAGAAAGGUAAAAGGUCAAGAAAGCUGAAACUGGUCAACCUUGUUGUCUUGUGAUUACUGGCAACGUACAGACACCAUCAACACGUCAUUUGUGUUGGGUUAGCAGCUUUUCUUGGUAAUGAAUUGCAAAUCCUAUUGGGAUUGGGCAGCUUACUCAUUAAACUUUCUAGAUUUUAACUAGGAAGAAAUAGAAGGGAACCCUAGCAGAUCAGUUCAGUAUUGCAUUGAGACUGGUUACUGAUAGUUUCUUUUAAUGUUGUGACUUUGACCAAGAGUCGCAUGCCCAUAUUACAACUGACAUUGCAUUUUUGAUUCAGUAAGAGUUCAACAUAUUUUGCUUUAUGUGGAAUCCCUGAAGUAUUGUUAUUUGGUAGCUCUGAGCUAAGAGUUAUUGUGCCAGCAGGUUUUUGUUAUUUUUAAAAGAUCGACAUUCUCCUAGCCAACUCUACAAUUUUACCCAUAUUAGCUUCUUUUUUUUUUUAAUUAACUUCGAAUGCAGUAGUAAAUUUACAGAGCUGGUCUCACUCACUCAAUAUGGGAAAUAGUAUGAGUAUGGGAGCAAUGAUACUUCCUUAACUUGGGACAGGAUAUCUGUUGAAUUUAUAAGAUGUUGGUCCAUAACUCAGCCAUUGUUUUAAUGACUAAUAUACUAUGAAUGCAAUGUCUGUUUCCAUUUUUUGUUUUUAUCAUCAUACCAUUCCGUUUAAUGUUUUGUACAUCUUUUAUUUAAAAAAAUGAAAUCAACUGUCCACAUCAUUAUAUUUAUGUUGAUGUUUUGUAAUAUUUACAUGUUAUCUUAAUUUGAAUGACAAUUGGCCCAGUACUCUAGACUUCAGCAAGCUGAACUUUUAUUAUAUUCCCUCUUAAGCACAUGUAGUUAAUCUAUACCAAGGUCAUUAUAACUUAGUUAUAAUUAGAGAUGGGUAUACGUAAAUCCUGAAAUAAUCAUAAUUCAUGAGGACUGGAGUUGGAGAUGAAUACUAUAUAGAAGACUAUGCAACAACUUUUUUUUUUUGGCUUCAUUGGCAAAAUUAUUCCAAAAAUAGUAUCCCAUGGCCAAAAAAGAAAAUCUCAGUGCACCAUGUAAGAGAUUUAGUUUUCGUAAAUACGAUUUUACUUCAAUUCGAUUUCUGGAAGGCUUCUAUAAAACAAUGUUUUAGAGCGGCACGUUUUUAAAUGGACAUUAAACACUAAUGUAUUUCAUGUAUAGUAUCAAGGUUAUUCUCCAUCUACGUCCAGUCAUAGGUGCUACCAUCUUUAAAGUUGUCUUUCACUGCAUACCAAUGUUCUGGUGUUUUCACAUGUGCCACAUCUCUUCUUCUGAUACCGGUAGUUUAACCUAGGUUCAAAAUGGUGGUACCUAUAAUUAGAGGGAAGUGCAUGAAAUGUAUUUAUUGUUUAAUGUUCCUUUAAACAUAUCCCUGGUGAGUCGCUUACAUGACUAUAAAAUAGAAUGGUUCAUCAUAAGGUAUUUCCUUAACAAGUAUAGUGCUGUGGAAUUUAAAUACAUAAAUUAUGCAACUAUUCAGUAUUUCAUUAAUAUGGGCAAAUUGUUCAUUAUUCUUUUGUCUUCACCACUUCAAAUACACCAUUUAAAGUUGAUCACAACAACUACCUCAAUUGAAUGCACAAAUCGAGAUAUUGAAGCAUUCAGAGAUAUAGAAAAAACAAAUAAAUAAAAGGAAUUUGACAUCCCUUAAAUGCUUGACUUAAUUAAAGUGCCACAUAAUGGAGCUUGUUUUUCAACACAGACCAGAAGCAAAGUUUACCUGGUGAACUCCAGUGCAUCAGCAGAGAGCAUAUUUAUCAAUCAAGAGCAUGAUAUAAUCUCAAUUUACAACUGAAUUAUUGAAUAUUUCUUCUCCAAACAUUUUGUUUCAAACUAAAGACUAAAGUGUUGAAAGAUGUGAUAUACCUUAUAAGUAUUCAGUUAAAAUAGCAGUUGCAUGUGUGCAACAGCAUGCACAUUACAGACAAGAACAAUGUUCCCCAUGCCACAUGCAUGUACUACUAUAAUUAAAAUACAGCAUUGACUAAACAUUGGCACUAGACUAGGGUGUCCACUGCAGUAAUGUCUGAUUUCUGUUAGCAAAAUAAUUGUUUUUUUUGUUGUUGUUAUUAUUUUUAUUAUGUAUAUAAUUAAUGUUAUUUAUGUAAUAAAACUAUGAGACGGAUAGAAUGAAUUGUAGAGGAAUUCCCUAAAAUAUUUUUCUCUGUGGUUGAGCAAACAAAUUUCCAGUGAACCUGGACUAUGUAUAUUUUGGAUUUAAAAAAUAUAUAUGUAUGCAUUUAUUAACAUUUUAUAUAGUUGAAUAAAUUUUUAAUGAAAAUAUAA